CUGAUUCUUGCUCUUCCGCAAAGACUCGCCCUGCAAUACAUCUUCAGUUGUUGACUGUUGCGCAUAGUAUGCUUAUGCGCUAUUGAGUAGAUGUUCCUGCAGUACUUCAGAUCCCAAUAAAUUUGCCUAAGAUGGACUCGGACCCCCUCCUCCCCGUCCCGAUCUCGUAUAUCGCGGGUAGCUACUUUCUCUUCUCCAUUGAUGCCGUUACGUAUCUGAGACGUGAGCACCACAUCUGUGGCGUACUCAGCGGCACCCUGCCGCAAAUCCCCCAGCAGAAUGUGUUUCUGGGGCUGCCGUUGAAGCUGAUGCCCGAGGAGGCGCGGCUGCUGGUGGAGAAAGGUGUAGCUUGCAUUGUAGACGAGGUAAAAGCGCAGAAGGAGGGCAUGCGCGCCCUCCGCGAAGCCGACCGCCAAAAGUAUCUCCGUGAGCUAGAAUCCCAGGGCGCGCACGCCAUGCGCCUGCAGACCAGUCGCAAGGAGCAGCAGCGCGAGGAGGCGCUGCGCAAGGUAGAAGCGAAGAAGGCGGCGGCGGCGGCGGCGGCUGCUAAGAAGACAACUGCCAAUGUUGGUAGUGGUGAGGAGCAGCCCGCCUCAGCACAUCCAGAUGAUGCUGCGGAUGAGCAGAAUAAUCAAAAUCAAACCUCCCGCCGCGCCUCAACCACAUCCAAUUCCACCACCAGCGUCAUCGCCGCCCCCUACGGCACCACCAUGGGCAUCACCCCCGCCACCUCCCACCCACCUCUCCCGUAUGCUCCUUCUGCUGCACAACGCCUCCCUGCCCCAGCCGUCCCGGCUUCCUACCCGCUCUUCGCCCGCCUCCACGCCGACGGGUACUACCUCUCGCCCGGUUUGCGGUUUGGGUGCCAAUACCUGGCCUAUCCCGGCGAUCCGCUGCGGUUCCACUCGCACUUUCUGGUUGUGGCGGCCGACUGGGACGAGGAGCUUGAUCUCAUGGCUGUCGUCGCGGGCGGACGGCUGGGGACGGGGGUGAAGAAGGGGUUCUUGAUUGGGGGCGCGGAGCAGGUUGAUGAUGCGGACAGUGUGCGGACGUUUAGUGUUGAGUGGGCGGGGAUGUGAUGGAUGCCUUCGGGUUGAUACGAUAUACGGCGCUCACUGCGGGGUGAAACCCGAUUUCUUGCAUUGAGCUGCGUCAUCUUUAGCGUCGAGUCGAGUCGAGUCGAUCAUCAGCUGGAUGAGAUUGCACCUCGAGUGGUAGAGGAAGACUCUGUGCCACCAAGUGGUACUCCAGGGGCGGUAGUCUAGCAGGAAUGCGAGGACUCGGCCGUGCUCAGUCGGCCCUCGCGGGUGGGACUUGUCUG